GAAAUCAACAAGGGUGAUAAGUAAGGGGAAAGCUCUUAGGUCUCUAUUUUUGGAAAUUAAAAGCAAGGUUGGGAAAAAGAGAACAAUUGAUGACAGGCAAGCUUUAUUUGCCAUGUGUACAGCAAGGUGUAAUGAAGAGGAGCAAAAGUAAUACUUUGUAUUGAUGUAUGGAUACUUCCUAACCCGUGGUGAGUUGCAAUGUCUCCAAUGUAGAAGAUGGAUAGACGACAGGUUUAUGACUAUAGUGACAAAGACAUUCAUUGGAGAUCAAAAGGAAAAAGACGGCCGAGUCAACCACCAUAUAUUUUCUGCAGAUUUCAUGCAGAAAAUGGUGGCGAAUCCUUUAAGCAUCACAUUCAUGAGAUUACAAGCCGAGGAAGAAGAAACAAAGAAGAAGGGGGGUGAGCAACAACAUGAUGUAAAGAAGAAGAAAAAGAGGACAAAUAAAGGGCAGUUCGACCCCAAACAAUUCAUGGCAACACAAACUAUGAACUGUUUCCAUUCGAUGCUACGUGCUGUUAAGCCAAAAUUGUUUGUCAACGAGGACAAAAUUGACAAUGAAGUGAAAUGGGCUAAAGUCUAUGUGCAGAAUGAUACAUAA